CAGAAAUCUCUGAUAACAUUACAAGAAAACGUGCUUCAGAACCACUUCCAUUGAAAGUAUCUCUUUCCUGAAGAAGGAGCCAGGGAUGCUUCAGGUAAGUUGCUGCUACCUAAAGAUGAGUCUGAAAGACAAUUGUACCUUUAUACGUCUUUAGUCAUGGUAUCUUCAUUUUGGAUUGACCGAAUGUGCCCGGAUUUGGAAUCGGACUUGAUGAUCGCUAUGGGUGCCUUCCAGUUUGAAAUGUUCUAUGAGUCCUUUAUUGGACCAGCAGAGCACCACUGCCUCCUCUCAUUCCUAUCUUGCUGCUUCCAGACACAGUAUGAGCAAACGGCAGGAAGCACGGAUGAAGGAGGAACCCUAACACAUUUCUCAGAGUGGAUGUGUUGGGAGUCGGGGAUGUGUUCUCAGAGAAAAUGACACAGAUAACAUGACUUUGUUGCCUUUGCCCUGUGGAUCAGGCUACGCAGAGGCAUUCCACGGGGAGUAAUGCCCCUGGGGAUGGAUGUUCUUGCUGUACGUUUCUGACUGUGCUGGCCUGCCUGAAAUCUGAAGCCAGAACUUUACACUCAUUACGCAGGUGGCAAAUGAGGCUUGAAGAAUAAUUCUUCAUCGAGGUAUAUGAAGAGUGUUUGGGAACUGUGGUUGCUCCAUAUUUUUUUCAGCGUUCUAGAAGGAUUGGAGUGCUGGGCUGUGAUGGCUUUGAGUUCCUGAAGAAGAUUCCCCUGGGUUGUUCAUGCUCAUUGAAGUUUGUCUGGCAUGUGCGUGCUUCAUGGGGGAGGGUGAUGUAAUCAUAUGGAAAAAUACAUUGAUCAAGGAGAUGAAGAAGAAGCAAAGAGAGAAGAGAGUAUGUGUGUGCAUAAGGACAGUGAAGAGAAGGAAGGAAGGAAGGAAGGAAGGCAGGCAGGCAGGCAGGCAGCAGUAGAAAAAGGAAAGGGAAAGGGAGUAUCCAUAAAUGGCAUGUCACUGACACUACCACUGUAUACAGAAAGGGUGGAAGGAGAGAAAGGAGAAAAAGAAAAUAAGAAAAAAGAGAAGAGAAAGAAAAACGGAGAGAAGAUGCUCUGAAGGAAUGACACAAGGAGGUAAUUAAGAAUGGGAGAUGACAAAAAGAGAAAGAAAACGGCAGAGAAAACGAGCAGUAUGCAGCGACCUUACCUCUAAUUGCCGGUCGGACUUGGUUCCCAACAGUGACUGCCUCGAUUAGAAUAUUACGCACUCGGGAGCUGAUGGUGGCGCCGGAGACUUGGUAAAUCCGACUUGUUCUGUCAGCAGUGAGGCUCCGGAGGCGACUCGCGAGUCACCAGAAGAGAUGAAGAAGAGAACAAUGGAAAAGGCCCAAAGAAAAAAAAUGAAGGAGUGUCAGGGGAGCAACGGACGGCAGAGGAGAUGGCCAUGACGGAGCAGAGGCGCGGGCGCUGUGGCGGAGCGUGUGAGGCGGCGGAGCAGCGCACGGUGUCGCUGCAGGCUCAGGAACGGCGUCUCGGCGGCUCCGCCCCGGUGCGGCGGAGAGCCCGGCUGUGAGCGCGGGGGGGCGGCGCGGGCCGGGCAGCAGAGCCGGUGCGUCCGGGCGGCGGCGGGGAGCCGUGCGGGGCCCGUGCCGGGGCCGGCAGCCAGAGCGGCACAGGCGGCGGCGGCGAUGGGGGAGCGUUGUUGUGCGGUGGUGCGGGUGCUGGUGCUGCAGGCGGCCUGGGCGCUGUCGGGCGGGCAGGUGCGGUACUCGGUGCCGGAGGAAGCCAAGGCCGGCACGGUGGUGGGCCGUCUGGCGCAGGACCUGGGCCUGGAGGCGGGCGAGGCGGAGGCGCGGCGGCUGCGGCUGGUGGCGCAGGGCCGGCGGGCGAGCGUGGAGGUGAGCGGGGCGAGCGGCGCGCUGCUGGUGAGCUCGCGGCUCGACCGGGAGGAGCUGUGCGGCAAGAGCGCGCCGUGCGCGCUGCGGCUGGAGGUGCUGGUGGAGCGGCCGCUGCGCGUCUUCCAUGUGCAGCUGGAGGUCACCGACAUCAACGACAAUGCCCCCAUCUUCCCCGCCGCCCGGAAAAACCUCAGUUUAUCGGAGAACUCCCCUACCGGGUCUCGUUUCCCGCUGGAGGGCGCGUUGGAUGCGGAUAUCGGAGCGAACGCGCAGCUCUCCUAUACACUCAGCCCUAGCGAGCACUUCAGAAUAGAGGAAGAAAAUAGUAACUCUCGCAGUAAGUCCCUGUUUCUGCUACUCACGAGAUCUUUGGACCGCGAGACGAUUCCCGUUCACCGGUUGGUGCUGACGGCGAGUGACGGGGGCCGGCCGUCUCUGACGGGCACCAUGGAGCUGGUGAUCUCGGUGCUGGACGUGAAUGACAAUGCACCCCAGUUCAACCAGUCAGUGUAUAAUGUAGUUUUGCCCGAGGACGCAUUACAACGAACGCUUGUGGCGCGUGUGAAUGCCACGGAUCCGGACUUGGGAAUAUAUGGAGAAGUAAUUUAUGAAAUCGAUACUGUUGUUCCUCCCUCUGCCUCAGAUGUUUUCAGCAUUGAUGAGAACUCUGGGGAGAUCCGACUGACGGGCGAGCUAGACUUCGAGACAUUUAAUCUAUACGACCUAAAUGUAAAGGCAAAAGAUAAGGGGACACCGCCGCUGCUGGGUCACUGCAAGGUGGUGCUGGAGGUGCUGGACGUGAACGACAACGCACCGGAGGUGUGGGUGACGUCGCUGUCGGUGCCGGUGCCGGAGGACGCGUCGGUGGGGACGGUGGUGGCCCUGCUGAGCGUGUCGGACCGGGACUCGGGGGCGAACGGUCGCGUGCGGUGCUGGGUGUGGCCGGCGUCGCCGUUCGGUCUGGAGGCGACGUUCGCGGGCUCGUACUCGCUGGUGCUGCGCGAGGCGCUGGACCGGGAGCGGGUGUCGGAGUACGAGGUGGAGGUGCGUGCGGAGGACGGCGGGGCGCCGGCGCUGCGCGGCAGGCGCGGGCUGCGGGUGGCGGUGUCGGACGUGAACGACAACGCGCCGGCGUUCGCGCAGGCCGUGUACACGGUGCUGGCGCGGGAGAACAACGCGGCGGGCGCGGAGCUGGCGCGGCUGUGGGCGCGGGACCCGGACGAGGCGGGCAACGGGCGCGUGAGCUACUCGGUGUGGGAGGGCGGCGUGGGCGGCGGGUGGCGUCCGGCGUCGAGCUACGUGUCGGUGGACGCGGAGAGCGGGCGUCUGUGGGCGCUGCAGCCCUUGGACUACGAGGAGCUGCAGGUGCUGCAGUUCGAGGUGCGUGCGGUGGACGCGGGCGAGCCGCCGCUGUGCGGCAACGCCACGGUGCAGCUGUUCGUGCUGGACGAGAACGACAACGCGCCGGCGCUGCUGCCGCCUGCGGGCUCGGCGCCGGAGGCGGGCGGCGUGGCGGGCGAGGCGGCGGCGGCGGCGACGGCGGCGGGCUCGGUGUCGGUGUCGGGCACGCUGUGGGCGUGGGCGGCGUGGGGGGCGCCGGCGGGGCAGGUGGUGGCGAAGAUCCGCGCCGUGGACGCCGACUCGGGCUACAACGCGUGGCUGCGCUACGAGCUGUGGGAGCCGCGGGGCAAGGGCCUGUUCCGCGUGGGGCUCUACAGCGGCGAGGUGAGCACGGCGCGGGCGCUGGAGGAGGCGGACGGCCCUCGCCAGCGGCUGCUGAUCGUGGUGCGCGACCACGGCGAGCCGGCGCGCUCGGCCACGGCCACGCUCAGCGUGUCGCUGGUGGAGGCCGCCGAGGCGGCGCUGGCCGCGGCCGCGGGAUCGUCGUCGUCGUCGUCGCGGUCGGCGGCGGGCGCGGAGAUGGGCGCUGGUGCGGCGAGUGCGGCGACGAACGUGUGGCUGGUGGUGGCCAUCUGCGCGGUGUCGAGCCUGUUCCUGCUGGCCGUGGUGCUGUACGGGGCGUCGCGCUGGGCGCCGCGGGCGGCCGUGCUGUCGGGGCCCGGGCCCACGACGCUCGUGUGCGCCAGCGAAGUGGGCAGCUGGUCGUACUCGCAGCGCCACAGCCGGAGCCUGUGCGUGGCGGACGGCGCGGGCAAGAGCGACCUCAUGGUUUUCAGCCCCAACUUCCCUCCGCCGCCGCCCGGCCCCGCGGCCAAGGACACGCAGCCGGAGCCCUCCGCUCUCCUGGACACGGUCAGUGGCCCUCCCUUGCUCUCACCCUUUCGUCCGCCGCCUCUUUUCUCCUCUGCCUAUUGUCUGCCACCCCUGUGUAGUUGCUACUUGUAGCUGGGCUCCGCCCCCGCAGCCUGAGGGCAGUGGGUGUUGAAGGAUAUUAAAGGGACCUUUCCAUCCACCGCCGUGUCCUUCCUGGCAAUUUCUUGGUGUGUGGAAGCCGAAAUAAGAUUAUUAUGGCACCCCAGAUCACUUACCAUCCGCAGCUGAGUGUUGCUGCGUUGGGCAGGAGUUGUACUCGAGAAUUAAAUUACUGCUGAUUACAAUGAGGGGUGCCCCGAGGUGCCAGCUUUGCAGGCAACUUUCUUGCUUGCUGCCAUGUAGGGUUUCAGUGUGAGCUUGGUGCAGGAAUACAAGAGACACUGUGGUGGCGACAGUCCCCCAAUCACUAUGUAUUGACUUAAUGCCUUUGCUGGCUUCUGACCAUAUUGGUAUUAGGUCUGGAUUAUUAUUGAGCACUAUCCUCUUUCAUUUUCAUUGCAAGAGAUGUGACACAAAAUUACACUCGGGACUUCAGAUUUUUGGCUCCCUGUGGAAAUAACAAUUCUGCAUUUAGGUU